GAGAGAGACCUGUUUUGAUUGGCUGCUCCGCGAAGGGGCGGAGUUUAGGCGAUUCGUUUGUUUUUGUGGGAAACAGCAGCGCGGAGGAAAUGUCAAAAACAGGAGCACAAGAUACUUGGCCAAGUUUAACGUUCAGUUAAUCUCGCGUUAUGGCCCCUCCGGGCAAACGUGCACCACGCCGUGAGGAGUUCACUUUGGAGCUUGCAUGUGAGUGGGGCACGUGCCAGGAGACGUUUGGGGGGAUGGAGGAGUUCUGUCAGCAUGUGGAAGAACAUUACAAAGCGAUGGAGAGGGACAGCCCUGAUAUACCAGAAGAGGUGUACAGCUGUCUGUGGCAGGACUGUGGCUUCUGCUCUGUGGAACUGGACGGAGAGUUGCUGAGGCAUAUGUUUUUCCACUGCUACCAUGCCAAGCUGAAGCAAUGGGGAUUAGCCGUCCUUAAGGGCCACCCGGACAUGGGCACCUGUUCAGUGGGUCACCAAAACCGCAACAUUGUGCCAGAGGUCCAGGACAGCUUCCUCUGCCUGUGGGAGCACUGUGAGACAAACAUGGACAACCCAGAGUGGUUCUACAGGCAUGUGGAGAUGCAUGCACACUGUCUGGAAGCCAAUGAGGAGAGCGUACUGUCCUGCGGCUGGAAAGAUUGUGAGGCGUCGUUUAAAGGCCGGUUUAAGUUACGGGAACACAUGCGCAGUCACACUCAGGAGAAACUGGUGGCGUGUCCAACCUGCGGAGGAAUGUUUGCCAACAACACCAAAUUUUUUGACCAUAUCCGACGGCAGACCUCCAUUGAAGGUCAAAGGUUUCAGUGCUCUCACUGCUCAAAGCGCUUUGCCACAGAGAGGCUACUGAGGGACCACAUGAGGAAUCACGUGAACCAUUACAAAUGUCCGUUGUGCGAUAUGACAUGCCCCUCGCCAUCCUCGCUAAGGAACCACAUCAAGUUCCGCCACAGCAACGAGAAACCCUACAGCUGUGACUACUGCGAGUACAGCUGUAAGAAUCUCAUAGAUCUGCGGAAGCAUCUGGAAACACACAGCAGUGAGCCGGCCUAUCGAUGUGACUUUUCUGACUGUGAAUACUCCACCCGCUCCCUGCACUCCAUCAAAAGCCACUACAAACGUAUACACGAGGGAGAUUACACUCCUCGUUAUAAGUGCCAUGUGUGUGAGCAGUGCUUCACCAGAGGGAAUAACCUCACUGCGCAUCUACGCAAGAAGCACCAGUUCAAAUGGCCUUCAGGGCAUCCCAGGUUCAGGUAUAAAGAGCAUGAGGACGGCUUUAUGAGGCUGCAACUGAUCCGCUAUGAGAGCGUGGAGCUGACAGAGCAGCUGAUGCGGGAGCGGCAGGGCGAGGGACACAGCAGUGAGUCCGUUCCCCAAACGCAGGGCCUCCAGCCUGGGGAAGAUUCGGAGGAAGUUAGCAGUGCAGACAGACGCUCUGAAAUGGAGAUGAGAGAGGAGGGAAGGAGAGACUGCGGAACGCAGGAGGUGCAUGUAGAAAACAUGCCGCUCAUGCUCACAAGCAGAGCUCCCUCAGAGACGGAGGCAACAAGGGAGGAGUCAGUCAUGCGACAACUGCAGGACACUGCCCAGCAGCUAGGCAUGGAGGUGGUUUAAUGUUCCGUCCCAAAACACGUACAGUUUUUGAAAGCCAAUGUGCUUUUGUGUCUUUUGAAAUAGGGGACCCACUCAAGACCAGAGGUACUCUACUGUGGUCGUGUUGCCUCUUAUGCACUUAUAGAGUGGAGAUGGUGUGGACUAAGCCUAUAUCAAGAAUGUUUUUGAGAAUGAAGUGAGGGUGUAUGUGUGUAAGUGUAUGAGUGAGUGAAUGUAAAGGAGAGAGAGGUUCUACUGAACAAGCUUGAUUUCUAGGCCGGAAGGAGAACGUAACAUUCUGCAAGAGGUUUAGCACAUUGUACAGUUUUUUACAACGUUUUGUUUUGCUUGCUAAAGGGAUAUUAAUGGGAAGUUGCUACUGAAGAACUUAAAAUAUGUUAUAAAUACCCUUGCUUUUAUUUAUUGAUUUUUCUUUUUACUUGAAUUACGAUAAGUUUACUGUCUGCUUCAAAAACACCAUCAAAAUACCAUGUUAAAUAAUGUCGGUGUCAUAAGAAAACCUUUUAAUAUCUGUUUAUGUAACUUAAGCUUGAAAAGUUUGCUUUUCAGAAUUUCUUUCGGUCUGUCAUAGAAUGUUCACACAGUGGGGGAGGGAAACAAAACAAAGGUUUUCUUAUGACAGAAUGUUUUCUUACGAUAGUUGGCCCUUUAACAUCAUAUACUCUAUAUGUUUCAUCUUAAUGGGUAAUUUCCUAAGAUUUUUCUGAAUUUCUGCACUGCUCAAUCGUUGAUAUGUUGACAGUCAUUCAGAGUGUUUUGAUGUGAAAGUGCAUUGUAGUGAAACUCACUGACAAUGUUAGUGAAAUGAAACAGGGGUUACACUGUCUGCAGAAUAAAUAUAGCCAUUUUAUUUAGUAUCCAAAAUGACCAGUAAACCUACACAUGUCCUCUGAGUUUCUAUAUGUAAUUUUGAUUAUGAUAAAAUUUAGAUACUAUCUUGCCUCACAAUGCCCUGUGUGUAGCUUUCCCCCGUGGGUGUAUUUGCAAAAACAGGCCAAAUCUGUCGUAAAACAUUAUCUCAUCUUGCAGUGUAUUCACAACUUUCAUGUGAUGUAGAUUUUAGAAGCACCAGUCACUUCAGAUGUCUGGAUCUCAUCACCAUCAACUGUGAAAAGUUCUGACUUUGUUUACAUCUUAAAGAUUGACUAUGCAGAAAUUUUCAGUGGAAUUCCCCUUUAAGAUAAUUCUGUUUUUUUGAUUUGGCGUGUUUAUUGCAUAAUGCUCUUCUGACUUCUGUGCAAAAAUCUUCUGCUUCAUGCCUUUGGGUCUUAUUAGGCUUGUUUACAUUACCUGGGUCUUGGCUUAGCCUACAUGCUACUACAGUGGACCAUGUUUUUCUACACUUAAAAAAACUGAAUAAUAUCAAGGUUUUUUUUUUUUUUAGUAACAUUCUGAAAUAGUUCACUGAUAUGUGCAUUACAGCAGUUGUGGGUCACUCCAGCAGCCACUGAUAAUAUUUCUAGUGCUGAAAUUAAAACAUAGCACACAUUCUGGUCCAAGUGGAAUAAUAAAGUGUAAUAUUACAAAUCGGUGCUGGUUUGAUGAAAUUGAAAUUAAAUAAAUUAUGGUAAUAAAUAAAGAAGGAAGCUUUUGCAUUGUUGUUCGGUAUAAAAAUAAUCAAACUGUUAUUGAUAUUGACUUAAAGAAGCUAAAAUUUCUGUUAACUUAUAGUAUGGAGCAAAUUUUAGAUGACAAACAUCAAAUAGUUCAAUCAAAGAGUCAGCUGUCACCCGGUUGUCAGUUGUCUUACAU